ACCUCUCCAUAUAAGUACCAUAUAAACACAAUUCAUGUAUAUAUAUUUCUAUUGGUGGAGAUUUUGGGUAUACGCUCGUCAAAAAGAAAAAGAUCUUUGUGUAUCUGGGUCUCACUGAGAUUUUCUGCUUUUGUGAAACCAAACCUUCGGAACAAGUAAAUGACAAACAAAAAGUUAUGAACAGAAGACCCUUUAAAUUCUUGAGUCAUAAGAGAGUACGAGACAUGUGAUAUUAAUCAGGAGGGGUGUCUCCUGAUCCUGCAGUGUCUUUCUGUGCAAUUCCUACAGUGAGAUUUGCUGCUAGAAGAUGGAAAAUAGGGCCCUUUUGUUUUUGUUUGUUGCCUUUAUUGCUCUCUCUGUGCUCUUGAGCUCCAGCACUGCUCAUUCCCACUCCAGAGAUCCCUUUAAGUCCAUCUUAGGAGACCAAAAUAUGGGGUCAUGGAAGGAUGAAAUACUGAGUUCUACUGCCGAAGCUCCAGGCCCUGCCAGCCUUGUUAGCACGCUUGUAUUGGCAAAGAACAGGACAAAGAGGCCUGACAUUCUUUCUGGUUUUCACAAGUACAGAGGUGGAUGGGAUAUUGCCAACAAACAUUACUGGGCUUCUGUUGGAUUUACAGGUGCAGGAGCUUUUAUUCUUGCAGUCAUAUGGUUUGUUUCUUUUGGGCUGGCUCUUGUGGUGCAUCAUCUAUGUGGAUGGAAAAUAAACAUGAAAGGAAAAGAAUCAAGCUGGUCUCUGAGGAUUUGUCUGAUAAUGCUUAUUAUCUUUACAAGUGCUGCAGCGAUUGGAUGUAUUCUUCUUUCUGUUGGGCAGGACGAUUUUCAUGGUGAAGCAUUACAUACUCUCAAUUAUGUCGUAAAUCAAUCAGACUACACAGUGCAGACGCUAAGGAAUGUGACCACAUAUUUGUCACUUGCUAAAACUGUCAGUGUGGCCCAAAUUUUCCUUCCUUCAGAUGUAAUGAAAGAUAUUGACAGGUUAAAUGUGGACCUGAAUACUGCAGCAAAUACAUUGGAGCUGAAGACAAAUGAAAACUCAAGUAAAACGCGACGCGUCUUCAAUACUGUGAGAUCAGCACUUAUCGCUGUUGCUACAGUGAUGCUUCUCAUCUCUCUUCUGGGCCUCGUUCUGUCUAUCCUAGGUCAUCAACACGCAAUAUAUGUAUUCAUUAUUAGCGGAUGGUUACUUGUGGCAGUAACCUUUAUCCUGUGCGGAGUUUUUGUCAUCCUAAACAAUGCAAUUUCCGACACUUGCAUGGCCAUGGGAGAAUGGGUGGAAAAUCCUCGUGCAGAAACUGCUCUUAGCAAUAUCCUUCCUUGUGUGGACCAAAGAACCACAAACCAGACAUUAUUUAAGAGUAAACAAGUGAUCAAUGAUAUUGUCAAUAUUGUCAAUCAAUACAUAGACUCUGCUGCCAAUGCAAACCCGCCUCCCCAGGCAGUUCCUUAUUAUUUCAAUCAAUCGGGCCCAGCAAUUCCUCAUCUCUGCUAUCCUUACGACUCACAACUGCAAGAUCGCCAGUGUACAGCUGAAGAAGUUACAAUGGCAAAUGCUUCCUUGGUUUGGCAGAAUUAUACUUGCAACGUGUCAGCUUCUGGAUUCUGCAGCAGUGUUGGAAGAUUGACUCCACAAAUGUACUGGGAGUUGGUGGCUGCGCUAAACAUUAGUUAUGCUCUUGAACAUUAUACCCCGCUACUACUGAGUCUCCAGAACUGUGAUUUUGUACGCGAUACAUUCCGAGAAAUCACUUUGUUCUACUGUCCUCCAUUAAAGCACUCUCUUCAGAUUGUAAAUGCCGGACUGGCCCUUAUCUCAGUAGGGGUCAUGCUUAGUCUUGCUCUGUGGAUACUAUAUGCCAACCGCCCCCAAAGGGAGGAAGCGUUAGCUAAGAUUUCUUCACGAAUACGAAGAAGCUGCAAUGGUAAGACGAGUUUCAAACACUACAAAACUGCAUUAUCAGCAAGAUUCCAGACACUCGGAGCUUAGACUAGAUUCUUUACUAAACUUAGCAGGUAAAAGGUUAAAAUAUAUAUAUUUUUUCUCGUGUUAGCCGAGCUUGAAGUGGGGCGAAGCACCAUUUCCAGUUAUGAGCUGUUGGUCAUUAUUGUACUAUGCUAGUAAAACUACAAUAAUUAUAUGCAGUUUUGUGAAGUUCAUCUAAUGUAAUAUGAUAAUUAAAUAUGAGUUAUGCUCAGAGUAUUGACCAUUUA